GCCGUCUGUCCUGGGGUCCUCGCUCAGCUCCUCUCUCUCUCUCUCUCUAUCUCUCUCUCUCUCUCUCCCUCCACAUCUGGGACUCUUCCUCGACGGGCUCCUGUCACAUCUGCACCGGCACCAGUUUCUCACCCGGAGCUCCGUGGACGCCUGAGACCAUGCUGACGGUUUUGGCGCUGGCGUCGGUCGUCCUCCUGGGAAUAGUUCCCGAGCAGUCCCAGGCCAUAGUGAUUUACACGGGCUGGGAGCGCCACGCCCUGCUGGGCUCGGACAUCCGGCUGUCCUGCUCCUUCUUCUCCUGGCGCUGGACCUCCGAGGACGUGACCUUCUCCUGGACCUACAGGCCCGAUGGCUCCCGGGACAGCAUCUCUAUCUUCCACUACACCGGUGGUGCUGCCUACGUGGACAACAAGGGUCCGUUCAGGGACCGGCUGGAGUUCGUGGGGAACCCCGGGCGCCGCGACGGCUCCAUCCUGCUGAAGAACCUGGAUUACGCCGACAACGGAACCUUCACCUGCGACGCCAAGAACCCCCCAGACAUCGUGGGCCGGCCCUCCAACGUCCGCCUGCUGGUCUUUGAGAAAGUGCCCAUCCAGGCUGGCGUGAUCACAGGGGCGAUCAUCGGGUCGGUGCUGGGCCUGCUGGUGCUCAUCGUGGUCAUCUACUACCUGAUGAGGUUCCUGGUGGCACGCCGUGUCUUCAGCCUCAGUGUCAGCCGGGGCGGGAAGAGGAGGAGGCGAGUGAAGCUGCUUUCAGACAUCACUCUGCAGGACUCUGCAGCUCAGAGUGUCCAACCCCACCUGAAGCAGAAGUUGCAGCUGGAACGUUCCCUCAAGUCGGAAAGUUCGACUCAGAAGGUCUCAGGACCCUCACCUACCCUGACCUGGAAAUCCAAGAUGGCUGCUCUACAUGUCAACAGUGGUGGAAGCUGUAGUUUCUUCUGUCAUUAA